AUGGACGGCAUCCGGGGUUUUCCGGGGAUUGGAAACCCUUCCCCUCUGCUGCGCUCGCCCGGGGAGGCCGGUGCCGGUGAGUCUGGGAAGAGCACCAUCGUCAAACAGAUGAAGAUUAUCCAUGAGGAUGGCUACUCGGAGGAGGAGUGCCGGCAGUACAAAGCCGUGGUCUACAGCAACACCAUCCAGUCCAUCAUGGCCAUCAUCAAGGCGAUGGGGAACCUGCAGAUUGACUUUGGAGACUCCUCCAGAGCGGAUGACGCUCGGCAGCUCUUCGCACUCUCCUGCACCGCCGAGGAGCAGGGCAUCAUGCCGGAGGACCUGGCCAACGUGAUCCGGAGGCUGUGGGCUGACAACGGGGUCCAGGCUUGUUUUAACCGCUCCCGAGAGUACCAGCUGAACGACUCUGCUGCCUACUGGGAAAUAAGCCCAGACACCACCUGUGAUAGGAUGUUCGACGUGGGCGGCCAGCGCUCGGAGCGGAAGAAGUGGAUCCACUGCUUCGAGGGGGCGACUGCCAUCAUUUUCUGCGUGGCCCUGAGUGCCUACACCGACCUGGUGCUGGCUGAAGAUGAGGAGAUGAACCGGAUGCACGAGAGCAUGAAGCUGUUUGACAGCAUCUGCAACAACAAGUGGUUCACGGACACGUCCAUCAUCCUCUUCCUCAACAAGAAGGACCUCUUUGAGGAGAAGAUCGUGCACAGCCCCCUGACCAUUUGCUUCCCCGAGUACACAGGUACUGUGGGGUCCCUCGGCGCCCUCCCUGGUCCCCCUGGCAGGAGGAGCGGGCGGUGCCUUGCCCGGACACUGUAG